CAACCAUCGCUUCGCUUUGCCAUAUAGAGGGACGAUUACAGUCGUUUGGGAUUGGGUUACAAUCGCCCAUCCUGAUCUUCAAAUAGCAGCUCGAAGCUAGAGAGCCGCUACUGAAGGGAGAACUGAAAGUGAAAUACAACACCGCCCGUUUCUGACAAACAGAUACCGGAGAAACGUGGUCGUGGUGUGGUGCUAAGCUCGGCGUGUAUGAAGACACUUUAGUAGGAUCACAUAUAUAGUUCACAGGCUGGUCGUCUACGUGCACUUGAUACUGGAAACUUCGACCAAACAGAGCGUCAACGUUGCUUCAACGUUUGCUUUCCGGUUUCUUUAACAUUAGGCGGUGGUUAAACCUUAACGUUUACAUUCAGCGUAAUUUUUCAGACUUUGUGGUUACAGUUUCAUCAUGCCUCAGAAACGGCGCUCACAGUCGUGGACGGAGCUCAAACAAGCCGGUAACGAGCUUUUCAGAGCCGGGCAGUAUGGAGAAGCUGCAAAUCUCUACAGCCAAUCCAUCGAGCAGCUUGAGAAGUCUGGUCAGAAGAACAAGGAAGAUCUGGCUAUUUUGUACUCUAACAGGGCAGCCAGUUACCUGAAAGAUGGCAACUGCAGUGAGUGCAUUAAAGACUGCUCAGAAUCGCUUGACUUGGUUCCUUUUGGAUUUAAAGCGCUCCUUCGCCGGGCAACAGCUUAUGAGGCCAUGGAGAGAUACAGACAGGCAUAUGUGGACUACAAAACUGUUUUACAGAUAGACUGCAACAUACCAGCUGCUCACGAUGGCGUCCACCGAAUGACAAAGGUUUUGACUGAUGUAGACGGACCAUCUUGGCGAGAGAAACUCCCUCCAAUCCCCACAGUUCCGAUGUCUGUGAAAGAAAGUCUAGCACAAGCCGCAAGCUCGCCCUCCACCUCACAACAGAACGGCAUGAUCGAAAACAAGAGAAAAGUACCAGGACCUGAAGCUGUUAAAAAGGCCAAAACUUUAAAGGAAGAAGGCAAUGCUUUUGUGAAGAAAGGUGAACAUAUGAAAGCAGUGGAGAAGUACACUCAGUCACUCAGUCAAGACCCCACAGAAGUCACAACCUACACAAACAGGGCUCUCUGCUACCUUUCGUUAAAGAAGUACAAAGAAGCUAUUAGCGAUUGCGAUGAGGCUAUUAAAUUGGAUUCUGCCAACAUUAAGGCCUUUUACCGACGUGCCCAGGCAUACAAGGAACUAAAAAACAAGAAAUCAUGUGUGGAAGAUCUUAACAGCUUGCUCAAAAUCGAGCCAUCCAACAUGGCAGCACAGAAACUUCUCCAGGAAAUACAGAAGAUGAAAUAACCACGCUUGUGAAGUUCUUGUGGACAUGAGGAAACUUUGAGUUGUGCCUUGUUUAGUGGCCUCUCAAAGCUGCAAAAUUUACUACAUGUGUCUGCUUCUUCAUUUAUGUUCUUCAUAAUAAGAAAUAGAAUUUAUACAAAAUAUAGGAAAUAACUUUGUGACCGUAAAUGUUCAAACAGGCUCAUUUAAUGGUACAUGCUAAAAUAAUUUACUUGAUGUAUUUUUGUCCUGAAGAUUUGUGUCUCAUGUCAUAAUUCAAGUUCAUUGAGUUCACACUAUCUGCAAUCUGUGUCCCGUUUGUUUAGGUCAUGUAUGUUGAAUUUGUUAAUUUAAUCGAUGUGAUGUUGAUUUAGCAGUAUCAAAUGUGCCUUCGACAUUUAUUCAGCGAUAUGAAUUAUAGGUUUCAACAAUUAAAUUUUUACUUGAUAUCUGGGAAUUGCAACUAGUGAAAGUGCUCAUUUUUUAAAUCAGUAAUUAAAGUUUGCACUAAUAAAAACACUAAUUAUUGAUAAAAAAAAAAAAUGACAUCUCAAAAUCUGUAAUUGCGUUUUCAUUAGUUGAAUUUCUACUGGUUGUUGAUAACAGGAAUGGAUAUUUGUACUGGUAAUAGUGUAAUGAUUAUUGAUGUCAUUUUUAUUGUCAAGAAUUAAUGUUUUUACCAGUGCAAAUGUAAUAACACUGAUGUGAACCAUUUGCACUUUCACUAGUACAUAUUCCAUCACCGAUAUCAAGAAUUAGCAUUUUAAAUAGAGAAAAAUGAACUGUUUUCUAUAAUUCAUAUCCAGCACAUAAUUAAAAAGUCAAUUUGGCAUGUCAUGUACAUUACACAUUUACAUUGCCUCACCGUAUUCCGAAACUCAUAUCUUAACAUUUUUCAGACAAAAGUCAAGCUAUUUCCAGUUCACUUCAUAUUGAAAUGCAAUUAGGCAGACAUUUCUAAAUACUUUGGACGCUCUGACAUGGGAAAAGGAUGUAAUUAUCAUUCUUCAGCUCUUAAAUAAAUAACAUAUUUCAGUAUAUCUGGGAUUCUCACAAGCUUAACAUUACCAUUCAUAUUAAAUACUAAAAACAGUUGUGGUUUUAGGGCUGUGCUGCAUGUUCUACAACAGUUGGGAAUGUGUGUUUGUUUUUAAAUAAAACUGCUUAAAAGGGUAGUUCACCCACAUAUUAAAAUUCGGUCAUCAUUUACUAGCCCUUAUGUUGUUCUAAACCAGUGUGACUUUCUUCUGUGGAACAGAAAAUUAGAUGUUAGACUGAACAUUAUUAGCCUCAGUCACCAUUCACUUUCAUUGUAUAAAAAAAAAAAAAAAAAAAAAAAAAGAUGAGAUGUGAAUGGUGACUGAGGCAAACAUUGUGUUAAAAUCAGUGUUACUCAAAAGAAAGGUUUGGAACAACGUGAGAGUGUUGACAAUAUUCAGAAAUGAAAAUUCUGUCAAACUAUUCAUUUAAGUGUCUUUUUCAGAGAAAGUGGUCAGCAAAUGUAUGUGGCAAGUGCAUUGCAAGUUAAUUGCUGUCCAAACCACUGAAUAUUAAUGUUAAUUUGUAAAGACCUGACAUCUGUAUUACUGUUUUUUGUUGACUGUAUUUUGUAUGCCACCUUGCAUCAAGACAAUUUAAAUGGGUCUUCUCUUUAUUUUGUAUAUAGAGAAUGCAAUGUUCUGAUAUGCAUCUGAUAUUAAAGGAAAAUUUAUAUAUUGUAAAAUAAAAAAAUCAUCCUGUAAACUGUCAGAAGUGAUGCCAUGGAGGACAACCUUUGUAUACUUUUUUUGUGGAUUAGCAUUACAAAAAAUAAUUUUAAAUUUGUAAGAUAUUUAAGAGUUGCAAGAAUACAGGUAGAAAAACAUACUGAUUGAAGAAUUGCCCAGUUACUUUUGCAAUAAUGCACGCAAGACAGGAGGGUUGAAAAGCAAAACUGUGCAGCUUGAAUUUUUGUUAAAACCCAUAUAUUACAGGACAACCAUACAAAAAUGCAACAAUCUUUAUUGGCCACAUAUGAGGAAAUUUGUCUUACCGGGUUUACCGGCUUUAUAUGGUCAUGACAAGAAUUAGGAAGUGGUUUUAUCACACUUCUCAUGUUAACACUGUUUAAAUCAUGUGGCUAUACUUUUGAAAAGGUGUGUAUUUUAAAAAUUUUUCCCAGUGCAGUGCCCCACAGACUUCCAUUGUUAGUGUAUUACUAUACACACAAUUUUUGCUUUUUACAAAUUGAGGGACAGAUUGAAAAUUGUCUGUGGUAACUGACUACAUGCUUUGAGCCAAUUAAGUGGAACUUGUAUUGAACCUGGAAAAUAACUUUAAAGGAAUAGUCCACCCAAAAAUGAAUAUUCUCUUAUCACUUACCCUUAUGCCAUCCCAGAUGUGUAUGACUUUCUUCAGUAGAGCACAAAAGAAGAAAAAUAUCUCAAGCACCGUAGGUCCAUACAAUGCAGGCGAAUGUCGAUCAGACCUUUGUAGCUCCAAAAAUCACAAAGAAAACAAAAGUAAUCCCUAAGACUCAAAUGGUUAAUUUCAUAUCUUCAGAAGCAAUAUAAAGUGUGGGUGAGAAAUGGACCAAAAUGUAAUACAUCUCCACUUUCACUUUUACAUCUGAAAGUCACAUGUGGUGCCCGUUUAUUUUCACUUUCUUGUCUGAAAGUGAAAGUGGAGAUUUAGAGUAAAAAAAGGACUUAAAUUUUGAUCUGUUUCUCACCCAGACCUAUUAUAUAGCUUCUGAAGAUGGGGAAUUAAACACUGGAGUCAUAUGGAUUACUUUUAUGUUUCCUUUAUGUGAUUUUUGGAGCUACAAAGGUCUGAUCACCAUUCACUUGCAUUGUAUGGACCUACAGAGCUGAGAUAUUUUUCAAAAAUCUUCAUUUGUGUUCUGCAGAAGAAAGUCAAACACAUCUGGGAUGGCAAGAGGGUGAGUAAAUAAGAAAAUUGACAUUUUUGGUAUAUAUCCUUAAAGGAAAGUUCCAGCUUUAAAACAAGCUCAAUCGACUGCAUUUGUGGUUUAAUGUUGAUUACCACAAAAAACUACGUUUUUGUUAAAGCAAAAAUUGCAGUUCCAUUGUAAGGCACUUACAAUGGAAGUGAAUGGGGCCAGUCCAUAAAUGUUAAAAUACACACUAAAUUAUUAUUAUUAAGUAUAGCCACAAGAGGUAAAUACAAGGAUGAUACCUGAUUUCUGUGUCAUUAUAUAAUGUGUCAUUUCCUAACCUUAUUCGUGUAUCUAACAUUACAACUUCAUGACAUUAUGAUGACAGUGGAAAACCCUGUACUCUGGUAAAUGCUGUAACGCCCAUACAUCCUUGAUUUUAUCACACUAAAAUUGUUAACACGCACAUUAAGUCUUGCCUGUAUACUUUUGAAACGGUGUGUAUUUUAACGUUUACGGACUGGCCACAUUCACUUCCAUUGUAAGUGCCUUAUGAUAACCCUGAUUUUUUUAAAUAAAUGAGAUGAGCUGAAAUAAUGCUUUAUUGACCUAAACUUGUAUUGAACCUGGAACAUUCCUUUUAAAGCUUACUUUCUUUAAAUAUGCAUUUAAGAGUUUCCAUGCCAUUAAAAAUUUGCAGUGAUAUCACAAUGCCUUUGAUGUUUUCCAUUGAAUAUACACCACUGUCAAAAACAAUACAGCGAAAUUUGGAACUGAUAAAACUUUUAUUUCACUUUAAAUUGUCUUUUACACUUUCCUGAUUAUAACAUGUAAGGUGAAACUAGAACCGUUUUAAAAGACACACACAAAUCUAGUAUUACGUCAAUAACCAGGUUGUAUUUUUUUUUUGUCAUUUUUUCCUUAAGCUAGUCUAAAUUUUCACAACCACGUGCGCGCUAAGCAAUGAAACCGUCACAGAAGCUAACUUUAGGCAGAAUACUGGUCAGUAAAAACAAAGCAAUUGGAGAUACCAGAUAUACAGACAGGCUCGGCUCCACAUUCACUACUGUAUUUUUUGUAAUCAAGCGUAGAAUUACUGCCAUUUGUUCAGCUAAGGGGAGAGAGAUUUCACCUUCAGUGCAUGAACAUUGUCUUCAGCUUGAGACAGAUGAGUUCUACACCUAAGUGGAAUGUUAUGGUGAUGUGACAAGGUAUUGUGACACUGAGUGAGUAGCUACCCCUGUAUAUAUACGAUGUCCUUCAAAAGCAACUACCAUCUUGCCAUAUUCGAUCUCAGCUUGUGAAAUUCCACAAAAUUCAAGUUCUUUCAAGAAUUUAUCAGUGGAACUGUUCAGCUUUUACAGAAACUUUCUAGAAACUCCUGUAGAGCUGUAAUUCACAUAGAAAUGAAUCAAAAUUUAAACUCUGGAAAGGGCGAACUUCAAUCAUUGACUUGGAGAAGUCCUGUAGGGAUGUUCAUAAGAGGGUUGAACAACAGAGAGAGAAAAAAGUAUCUUUGCAAGUAUCUUACAACAUUUGACACAAUUUUGUAUUUACCUCUAAAAGCGUUUACAAUUUUAAAUCUUUAUUAAACGGAGGAGUUGUUCUUACGCAAAUAGGGAAUCAAGUUGACACUUGUGGAACAAACAAGGAAAAUCGUCUACUGAUGUCAAACAGCACCUUUAUGUUGACUGCCCCCUGAGACAGCACAUUAGGAUAACUCUCCUGUUUGUUCGAUCGUAAAAUGUUAUGUGCUGAUGGAAUGUUUUACUUUUACUGUAUUGAUAUGGAAUGGCAAACCUAGGGUGGUCCCUUUUAUUUCAUUGUUAGCCGUGGAUGCCAAAUCAAACGACGCACAUGACAGCAAUAAUAUUAAUGCAUGUUAGUCAGUGUCACAAUACAGCCUGUUUCAUCCCUUCUGUAUGAGUUCGCAACAGAAUUGUACUGCUAUUCUUAGCGAAACCGUUCAAUUCCCAUUAACCACAAGACAUUCAGGAGGAAAAACUAAACGGCACAGUGUUUGUUAAAUUAAUGGACUGUUUAAUAAUAUUUUGAAAAAAAAAAAAAAAAAAAAAAAACAGCAAA